AAGUUUCAAAUAAAAGUUCAUUUAGUAAAUAUCCCGUGAAUUAUGACAUUAUUGUUGGGGUCAGUGUUGGCACUGAUUUGUCGGACAUACGUGUGGGGUCUCAUUGGACUCAUUGUGGCGGUGAUCGCGUACUACUACUUUUCGCGGAGGAAUGCCUUCAACUAUUGGAAGGAUCGACACAUUUGUGGUCCAAAACCGAUCCCUAUAUUCGGAAACCUUUUGAGUUUAUCCCUAAAGCCUCGCCCAUUACUGGAGUUGGAGUGGUAUAAGAAAUACGGCAAAAUUUAUGGAUUAUACUCUUCAGCAAAGCCUGUGCUAACAGUGGCCGACCCGAAGCUCAUCAAACAAAUUCUGGUCAAAGAUUUCAAUGCGUUUCGUAACCGCUCCACACCUCCCGGGGACGGCAACCUGAUUAUGGUCAGAGCUAGAGAUAACAACUGGAAACGGAUCCGGGCGAUAGUCAGCCCUACCUUCACGUCCGGAAAGAUGAGGAAAAUGUAUGCUCUGAUCGACCGGUGCUGCGAAGACUUUGUCAAUACCUUAGCUAAUGAUGUGUCGAAUGGCGUGAAUGAAGUCGAGUUGACGCGACUGAUGGGCGCCUACGCUAUGGAUGUGAUCGCCAGCUGCGCCUUCUCUACGAAAACCAAUACAUACGCCGAUCCUAACAACCCGUUCACUACCAAUGCGAUCAAUUACAUCAAUGUUCCCCGUUGGAAAAGGGUGCUACCAAUGCUUUUGCCAUCAUUUAUAGUGAACACUAAUAUAUACCGACGUGUGGUUAACGUCCGCAUAACUGAAACGACAUUUUUCGCAGACUUAUCGCGAAGUUUAAUAAAGAAAAGACGAAAUAAUAGCGAAAAACACAACGACUUUCUGCAGCUAUUAAUAGAUGCCGAGAGACCUGAUGGAGACGUACGAGAGGCCAGUGAUGCCAACGAAGCACAUCAUGUGAAUGAGGGUAAGGAUGAGAUGAAAGCCGACGCCGAAGCCUUCAGUGAUGUGUUGGAGAAGAAGUUGACUGAAGACGAGAUUUUAGCGCAAUGUUUGCUAUUCUUCGUCGCCGGCGAAGAGACGACUUCCACUACUCUGUCGUUCUGUACGUAUGAGUUGGCCCUCAAUCCGGGACUUCAGGACAAACUCUAUGAAGAAAUCAAACGUGUAUUCACUGAAAAGGGAGAAAUGGAUUACGAAGUGCUGUCGAGACUACCAUUCCUGGACGCACUCGUAUCCGAAACUCUUCGCCAUUAUUCUCCUUUACUUCGACUCGAGAGGGAAGCCAUGGAAGACGUCGUGUUAGACAACACUGGAGUGAAGAUCGAGAAGGGAGUGAUCGUUGAGAUCCCUGUCUAUGGCAUACAUCACGACCCCGACCACUAUCCAGAUCCGUUUACCUUCACCCCGGAUAGGUUUAUGCCCUCAAACCGGGGUCAUAUCCAACCCUAUACUUACCUCCCAUUCGGUUCGGGUCCACGAAAUUGCAUUGCAAUGCGAUUCGCGUUAUUGGAGGUAAAGCUCACGUUAGCGAAGAUCUCGCAUUCGUUCCGCUUCUCCAGAGUCACCGACACUGACGUCCCCGUCAUCUACACCGGGGUUCGGCCUCUCAUUCAGGCUAAGCGACUGGUUGUGGGCAUUCACAAGCGAUAAGCUAUGGUUUUAGGUAAACAUAUUUACACGAGAUUUAUACUGAUUACUACGAAAUACAGUUCAAAUAAACUAUGAACAAUGUUAAAGUAUUAUGUAGUAUAUUCAAAUUAUAAAUAUAAU